UCUACUAUAAACACCCUUCCUCACAACACUCCCCCCACAAAAUGUCGCAUUCUCACUCCCAUGAUCAAGGCAUUAGCCACUCCCACGAUGACUUCGGUGGUCACGGUCACUCCCACGAGAUCCUCGACGGUCCCGGUUCCUUUCUGAACCGUGAAAUGCCACUGAUCGAGGGCCGCGACUGGAGAGAUCGCGCCUUCACCAUCGGUAUCGGCGGACCCGUCGGAUCCGGCAAAACAGCCUCAUGCUCGCAUUAUGCCAAGCUCUCCGAGACGAGUAUAACAUCGCAGCAGUGACCAACGACAUUUUCACCCGGAAGAUGCCGAAUUCCUCAACCGCCACAAAGCCCUCGCGUCCAAGCGCAUCCGCGCCAUCGAAACGGGUGGCUGCCCGCAUGCCGCCGUGCGUGAGGACAUCAGCGCGAACCUCCUUGCGCUGCAAUCUCUCCACAAGCAGUUCCAGACCGAUCUCCUCCUGAUCGAGUCGGGCGGUGAUAACCUCGCGGCCAACUACUCGCGCGAGCUGGCUGACUUCAUCAUCUACGUUAUUGAUGUCGCGGGUGGUGAUAAGGUGCCCCGCAAGGGUGGACCGGGCAUUACCGGGUCGGAUCUGUUGGUGGUGAACAAGUGUGAUUUGGCGCAUAUCGUUGGGGCUGACCUCGGGGUUAUGGAGAGGGAUGCGGCGAAGAUGAGGGAGGGAGGUCCGACUGUGUUUGCCGAGGUGAAGAAUGGGAAGGGGAUGCAGCAUAUCAUUAACCUGAUCAUUAGUGCGUGGAAGGGAAGCGGUGCUUAUGAGCUGAGCUUGGAGAGGUGGAAUGCUGGUGCUACCCGGGGUUCUGGGAGUGUGGAUGAACAGUAGAUUAUGAUCUCUAUGAUUUCUCGCAAAAGAUAUGUUUGUAAAUGUACAAAUGCUGGUGGUCUAUUCACUACACAGAAAAGGCGUAAGUUAGAAAGAAAACUUUU